AUGUUAAUCGGCUUUCUAUACACGCGUAUCAACCGACAAUUAACCCUGGCGCUAUUAAUCAGCAUACAAAGUAUGGCCACCAUAUUCAUGCCGUACUCCACGCAGAUAUGGCACCUGUAUCUCUGCAUAUUCCUGUAUGGCUUGGGUAUAGGCGCCUGGAAUAACUCCAAUAACGUUAUACUCAUUGAGAUGUGGCAACAGUCGAGUCCAUCGUUUUUGCAGUUUUCGCAGUUUAUUUACGGUUUGGGCACCAUAUUAGGGCCCCUUAUUGUGGGCCCCUACCUAACGGGGGAAGUGGAUUACAUGGAGAGGUUGGAGGUGGGCAACGGCACCUAUAGGUUGCUGUGGAACGACACUACAGUUAUGGAUAACGAGUGGCAAAGGAGGUCUAGAUUGAAGUUCCCGUAUAUGGUGGGAGGGCUGUUGCAAAUGAUUGGUCCAUCUCUAAUGUUUCUGAUGUAUGUCUGCCGGCCCUACAAAUACCACUCGGAGGAGGAGGACAAUGGCACCGGCGAUGAGCGACAGCCCCUCAUCACUAGCAUCCAGAAGCUAACGCUGACCAUACCUAAAAAAGCCAUCAUAAUCUGCGUAUCAGUCUACCUGGCCUAUGGCAUCAUGUCUGAUAACAUGUAUAUGGACUUCAGUCCCACAUUCUUC